CAGCAAGAGAAAAGAGCUACAGAGAUCUACAACAAAAAGUAAGUACUCUGAUAGCGGGCAGCAGGAGUAGGACCCUUUUUGCACCACUUAUUUUCAUCACGUUGUAGGAGGCAAAAAUUUUCCAAGAACAAUUUUCGGACUCUUUAUUUGCGCUGUUUCAUGCCCAUAGUUAUAGUAAAGCAACUAGCAUCAUCCACAUCUUCACGUUCAUACGACCACUGUAAAAGAAAACGAUGUCAAACCCCUUCGGUGCUGCCUUGGCGCCAUUUGGCGCUCUGGAACUCUGCGAGAUCGACGAAAAGACUCUACUGCCUUGUGGUCUCUAUGACGAGGAAGAACAUCUUCUUGCUUCUCCGACAAGCACCUCAUCUGCCGUACAAUUCCAAGGCCUCGAAUUGUACCUGCAGAACCUUGUACCCGAUUACGUGCCUGUAACGAAAGCGAAACUCACGACGCAUAGGUUUUUGCUGCAAAGUCCGGCACUACAGUCAGUUGCUGCGCAAAGGGGAGUAGGAGUGGCGGUAGGAAGUCCUUGGUUCCAGCUACGUUUAGACCAGGUGAUCGAAGUUGCAGCGCAAGGUUCAGGCUUAUUCCGGAAUCAACGUGUUCUAGUAGCGAUUCAAAGAAAAAAUGGCGAAAAAUCCGCCAUUCUAUUUCGCCUUUCUGCUUCAAAAGAAGCCACGCAACAACUACUGUCUACUUUGAAACACGUCGCCUUGGUCGAGAAGCCGUUCGCACUUCGGAAUCCAGAGUAUCGGAAAAAGGUGAUCGUUGGAGGCAUAACAGCGAUUUUAGAACGGUCUAAACAGCAGUUGCAGCAAGACAAAGAGCACGUUGACGAAGGUCUGCAGGAUUUGCAGAGUCUGAAAAAGAAUGCAGAAGUGCUGGUAAAACUAGCCCAACGUGUGAGCGAUCGGUCAGGCGUUGGGGAGGGCGAUGAGGAUAGUGCAGCGAUUAAGAAACUGCUACGAGACUACGGCUUCCUGGGUGCUGGUGCAGGAGGCACUGCUCCAUCUGCUUCAGCUUCAUGUCUUUUCGACCCUCCAUCACGAAAUAUCAGCGACACUCCUGCCGUCAAAGGACCCAACAAAUACGACUUAGCCAGUAUGAUCCCCGAUAAAACGCCUCAAGCCGUCGCCUCUAUUUGCGAACGAGCCUUGUCAAAAACCGGAGUUGACCAAAUUCUUAUACACGACCUCUAUUGUAUCUACAACCGCUUACGCGGGACAGAUCCAGUUUCGCCAGCUGAGUUUCGGAAGCUCUGUGAAGAACAGAUGACGACGGGGGCUACAGGAGCGAAGUCCUCUUCUAGUUCUACAACAACAACAACAACAACAACAACAACAACAACAUCAUCUCUAGCAGUGCGCAAGCUUGCUGGCGCCACCGUUGUGGAACUGCUGAGGGAUUCGGCUGGAGGAGCUGGCGGAGUUUCACAACGAGAAGACAAAGAGGCAGCGGCGGUGGCGGCAUUGUUCACCACUUACACGGGGAAUUCUGCUCCACCUUCAGGUGCGACGGGUUCCGAUAGUACUUCUAGGAGCAACCAAUCGUGUCUAUCCGCGGCUGAUGUGGCUCGUUUGUGGAAUAUUUCUGUGGGCUUAGCUUUUUUGAAGCUAAAGAUGGCAGAAACAAAAGGACAUAUUUGUCGUGAUGAUACUGUUGAAGGUUUGUAUUUUUACCCGAAUCGCUUUCUGGAAGUGUAAUGUCGCGCCAUUGAAUUCAUUGACUUUUUGAAGAUUACACUACUAUUCCCUCUCAUUUCGCUCCACACUCAUAUUCUUUGUGAGUCCUCAUAGGCAAG